AUGAAUGCAACAUUGCCACCGGCAACAACCACCACAGCAGAGUGCAUGCUAGAUGAUAUCGCUGGUCUAUUGAAUAAUCCAGGGCACCUGACGCUGGGCUCCCUGAUCAUCAUCGUUGCCCUGGUUGGGCUGGGAGGAAAUGCAACUGUGAUUUGGCUACUGGGCUUUCGCAUGCGCAGAAAUGGCUUCACUGUCUACAUCAUCAACCUAGCCAUAGCUGAUUUCCUCUUGCUCUGCUGUGUCAUCACAGAUCGCCUUCUUGCCAUCAGUUUUUCCCAUCUUUCCUCCAAACCCUUGAAUAUUAUACAGUUACUGCAAUAUGUGACGGUAUUCCCAUACAUUGUGGGCCUGAGCAUCCUCAGUGUAAUUAGCACUGAGCGUUGCCUGUCCGUCCUGUGGCCCAUAUGGUACCGAUGCCAUCGCCCCAGAAAACUGUCAGUCAUUAUGUGUGCCCUGCUCUAGGCCGUGUGCCUGAUACUGAGCAUCUUGGAAGGGAACUACUGUAUCUCCUUUCUUCAGCUUCCAUGCAGUUAUCAGCGGUGUGAGAAAAUCAGUUUCGCCAUAAGCUCCUGGCUGAUGUUCUUAUUUUUGGUUCUCCUGGGCUCCAGCCUGGCCCUGGUGGUCAGAGUCUUCUGUGGGUCACACUGCGUGCAGCUGAGCAGGCUGUAUGUGACCAUUCUGCUCACUGCGCUGGUCUUCCUUCUCUGUGGUCUGCCCUUUGGCCUUUUCUGGUUUCUCGCAGACUGGCUUGUAGAUUUUAACAUGGAAUAUGCAUCCCUUUUUUACCUAGUUACAAUUUUCCUCUCCAGUGUUAACAGCUGUGUCAACCCCAUCAUUUACUUUUUUGUUGGUUCCUUUCGGCAGCAGAAGAGGCAGCCCCUAAAGCUGGUUCUUGAGAGGGCUCUGCAGGGCACCCCUGAGGAUGAUGAAUGA